CGGUAAACUGCCGUUACAAAAAUGUGGAUGUGAAUUCAUUUUCAGUUAAGUAAGAGUAGGUGUAUAUACUUGCGCGAUCGCCUGGUCUGUUAUAUGGCUCGUUAUCGUAUACUACAUGUUUUUAAAGUUUUCUAAAGAACAAUAUCAUAUCGAGGAAUCUGUGACUGAAAGUUCAACUGUGGGCUAGUGUUAGAUUUUCAUGAUAUUGCCAUAGUUAGCAAUCAAUGAUGAUAGCAGAAAAUAUGUUAAAUGAUCCCUUCAAGACAAAUCAUUAAGCACCCCAAAAAUGGUAAAACAAUCCUUAAGUGUUCGCUUCUAUCCUUGCUAUGGAUCAGCACGAGGCCAAUUCCAAGCACAACCAGCGCAACAAUGAAGAAAGAACAUGUGGAAAAUACAGAUGAGUGAUCUUCAUCACUGCCUUAAAUCGAUUUCGAGACAUUGUAACGGACAAAUGAAAGACAAACGUAAAAGACAAAAUGUUGAAGCAUAUCACAAACGGAGGUAUCGCAAGCCGAGGCUCCCGUCCAGAUAGUUCAAUAAUAAUGGAACCUAGAGACCCACAGCCUCAUAGGUUCCGUUCUCCCAACGCAAACAGUUCCAGAAUAUCGGCACAACAUUAUUCGCUGAAUGCGUCUCAGCUGUCCCAGCUUCACAACUGUACUCCGAAUUUGGACAAUUCCAAGCACUCAAUCUACAGUAACAGUGCGGUACUAACUCCAGCUAACAAAGUGUUGAAUGGAGGCCUCAAUAUCUCAAGAAUCCGAAACCAAAGUACCGUCAAUAAAUUCAUAGCCAAGUCCAAGGAAGUGGGUGUUAAGGAAAUGUUAGUGAGUCUGGGACUAUUGUGCUUGGUCAGUCUUCUUCUAGCGCUGUUGUCGUUAAUUUUUUUACUGAAAAUUUCGCCGGUUACGGCCAACGAUAUACGAGAACUUUUACGUGCAGAACAGCUUACAGUGAUCACAGCGGAAGAAUACGUGGUGGUUUACGAAGUUACUCUAGCUUUGUGUGCUUUAACAUUGUCUUUGAAUCUGUGUUGCCUUUUGGUGUGCGCCAUUCAGUUCCUGUUUGCCGUUAAACUUGUCAAGAGUCCCCAUGGGGGAAACGACAGGACAAAUAAGUACCUUCAAAAGUCGUCAGUCAGUCGAGUCUGUGCAGUUGGAGGAUUUUUCAUUUCCAUUCCAGUAUUUCUCACAGGAAUAAUACUGUACACCUUUAUUCAAUUCCAUUCAACUCCAGCGAUUGUGACUAGUGUCUUCAUAGGACUAGGGAUCAUAUUUUGCGGAUGUGCUAUGGUACAUAACGUAUUUAUAUGGCAAAGAGAAAAGACGAACGCGGUAAGAGAACUAGCUUUGCAGCAGGACACGACUCAGCAACAUCAUAAUUCCUUCCACAGUAUUACAUCUCAGCCCUAUCAAACGAAUUUGAAUCAAUCGCACGUCAGCGCAUUCAAUCAUAGCUUUGGACAUCCAUUAGCUAGUAUACAUAGUAACGGGCCAUAUAUUAUUAGACCAUCUACCACUACUCCUCCUAACGGGGAAAGUCUUAACAUUAGCAAACAUCCCAGGGAGGCUAGUGGUAGCGUUAGCCCUGGAAUGCCAGCUAAUACUAUCGAUAUUAGUAGUGUCGCGACCACGAAUAGUCCUCACGAAUUAUCAACUUUAGUAUAACACUCGGUCUUUCAAUUUACCGUUGCGAAGCUCAACAUACAACACAAAAAACGUUUUCGUCUAUUCAAAAAUACCGAAAUACCGUGCUUUCGCUUAACAAGUCAAUAGCACUUUUAUAUUGCGAUAGGUUCUCCCGGAUAAUUUCAAUCAUCCAUUACGUGUUCCUGUGAAAUUGUACUAAUGUGAAUUUUAGUCAUAUAUAGGGUUGCAGCAUACCUUGAAACAUGCCACGGCACCAAUGGUUGGUACAUUGUAUUAAAACGACUGCAUGGUUACUUCUUGCCAUAAAACUACGAAAAUCUGUUCUGGAGUGUGAAGGCCGCUUGAUAAACUGGGUGCAUUUAAAAUCAAGCGUCCCCAAAAAUUCUCAUUCAAUCUUGAACUUUUCAUUCCAAUUGUGAUUUCAUUAUACUGACUUUCACACCCUUAAAUGCACUUAGUGAUCAAGUACCUUCAUCAAACAGUUGUAUAUAACAUGUAUAAAAUUAAAAUAUAUAUUUAUUGUAAAAUGUUAUUUCUAUAUUUUUAAUUUAUUUA